AUGACAGAUUUAACCGCUUCCUAUUGUGGUCAGGACGUAUGGCUUCAGGAUCUGUCUUUCCGAGAAAAUAUUCUUGGAGGACUUCCGUUUGAUAGAAGGCUUUAUGAGGACGUGGUGUUUGCGACUGGUUUGGAUUCCGAGAUCUCAAAAUUCCCACAAGGUGAUGGAACCAAAGUAGGAUCCAAGGCAGUGAGCCUUUCUGGUGGCCAGAGCCAACGGGUUGCUGUUGCUCGGGCGAUCUACGCACGCAAGCCACUGCUUCUCCUGGAUGACUCUUUCAGUGGCUUGGAUACCACAUCUCAGUCUUUGAUUGACAACCGUCUGUUCGGCCCAACUGGGCUUUUGAGAAAGGUUGGCUGUACCGUAGUUCUGGCCACACACAGCAGGCGGUACCUGAACAACGCAGAUUCGGUCUUCAUACUUAAUAAGGAUGGGGUGAUCCAGCAUCAAGGCCCUCCCAACCAGCUGAGAUUGGUCAGAAGAACGUCAAACAAAGAUAUCGAAGUCCCGGGCAGUCAUACAGAAAAUGGGAGCAGCUCAUCGCGAGAUGCACAAGACGACACAACACCCUUAGCCUCAGCAGGCCAGAGUCUGUCCGAAGACUUGGCUCGGCAAAAAGUUUGGGUCGGCUUCUGGGUCGAUGCGGUUGAGGCAAGCCCGGGUCGGCACACUAAUCUUGUGUACGCCUGCUCUUAUGUCGCAAUAAUGGUGGGUGUCUUGAUCAUGUAUGGGUCCGUUCUUUUCUUCAUGUUCCAGGUGAUUGUUCCUCGAUCCGCUCGGAGGCUACACUCGGCGCUCAUCGAAACCACGACACGAGCUCCCUACAGCUUUCACGCUGCCACCAACCCUGGUAUCACAUUAAAUCGGUUUAGUCAAGAUAUAACAUUGGUAGAUAUUGAUCUCCCUUCAGCUGCUGUGCAAUUCUUCUUGGAUUGCUUCACUUGUCUUGGCCAGGCAAUCCUAAUCUGUACGGGUGCUAAAUACGUUGCCGUAUUCUUGCCGGUGAUGAUUGUCGCAACAUAUGAUCCAGAAGGUCUAUUUGCGGACAUCUCGCCAGAGACUUACAGUGGAAUUGUCACAAUACGAGCUCAUGGAUGGGAACAUCGAUUCCAAGAGGAUAAUCUAGCAUUGCUGGACAUGUCACAACGACCAUAUUACGCACUGUACUGUAUCCAGCGCUGGCUCAGCUUUGUGCUCUCGUUGCUGGUUGCCGUCAUUACGGUUAUUCUCGUAACCUUUGGGACCCAGAUCAGAAAUAUCACAUCUGGAAACGCAAUGGGUGCAGCAUUGAUCAACGUUCUAAAUUUUGCCCAGACACUGAGCAAACUCGUUGACGCAUAUACCAGUCUUGAGACAUCUCUGGGCGCUGUUGGAAGGAUUAAAUCUUUCACAUCUGAUGUGACACCGGAGGACGAUGCAUUAGUGACCUCGCAGAGUCCACAGCUCUGCUCUCGCCCAGGCAUCGGCAAGAUCGAUCCAUUGUCCAGACCUGCUCUGAGCAAUGUCUCGUUCUCUGUUGAGCCUGGUAUGAAAAUCGGCAUAUGUGGUCGAUCAGGGAGCGGGAAGUCUUCUUUGAUUUUGGCCCUACUAAAAAUGCUACCGCUUCGUAAGGGCGCCAUAUACAUAGACGGUGUCGAUAUCUCCACCAUGUCGUGUGAUGCUGUACGAUCGAUAUGCAACACCAUUCCUCAAGCCCCCGUGAUCUUCCCGGGAAGUAUUCGACAAAAUCUCGAUCCUUUGCUAGUCCAUUCCGACACAGAGCUACAGGCUGUUCUGGAGUCAUUGGAAUUAUGGCAAAUAGUGUCGUCACGAGGUGGCUUGGAUUCCGAUAUGGAUGCAUCGCCUCUUAGUCAUGGUCAGAAGCAACUACUUUGUGUCGGACGCAGCUUCCUUAUGAAUGGUGAGAAACGGGUCCUGAUAGUCGACGAGCUCACGAGUAGCCUAGACCAAACGACAGAAACCUUAAUAUUGAAGUUCCUGGAAGAGAAGUUUAGCCAACAUACUGUGUUGGCGGUGACGCAUCGACUCAACACCGUCACUCAGUACGAUCGUAUUGCCGUCUUCGAAUGCGGUAAACUAGUGGAGUGGGGAGAGCCAGGAAAGCUGCGAGACAGUGAUCAGGGGCUCUUCAGGUCAUUUUGGGCCAACUCAGAAUAA